CGUUCAAACACCACAGAAACCACUAUUUGAAUGGACAAUAAGAGUGGGUUGUUUGUAUUUUUAUUUAGUAGCUGCGGGUGUGGGUAAUUAUGAUCACAUUUUCUCACUUAUUACUUGGUACUUUCGUCUUAAUAUAAAAAUACUAUUUUAUAGUUUACUGCGUGCAUCUGACUCUGAAGAUGGCAUUUUCGGCUGAUCCAGACCACUGUCCAGGUCAACGAAUUAAAUGUUACAGUUGUAAUUCUGUUGAAGACAAUCACUGUAAUGAUCCAUUUUUUCGACAACCACAACAGACCAAAUCAUUCCCUUUAGUGGAUUGUAAUGAUUAUUGUUUUAAAUGGGCUUUUCAAGGUCCAGAUGGACAGAAACAUUUAAUACGAAAUUGUUCAACAAGUUUAAAUAUGAAAAUGGAGAAAUAUUUAGUUUGUAUAGCUGAAUCACGAUCAUCCAUUGGUCAUUUGUGUUUUUGUAAUAAAGAUAAAUGUAAUUCAGCUAAUUCAAUUAGAAAACAAUUUCAUUAUACAUAUUAUAUUGUUUUAAUAAAUUUAGUUCAAUUAUUUUAUCAUUAUCGAUAUAUACUACUUAUAUUACCUGUAUUGUAUUAUUAA